UCAGGUGAUGUGUCAUACUCUGUGCUAUAAAAGGGCACUUUUACAUUUUGUCCACACAAACAUACACACACACACGUACAGUACUCACACUGAGCUCAGAAGGAGGUUUGUUUACUACAGCAGCAGAAGAAAGAUGAAAUUCAUUCACGACUCCACCUCUCGCCUUCUCCACCUGCUGCUAUUGGCUGAGCUGUUUGUCCAUUCGUCACCUCGUCCCACCCACAGUCCCUCCCUCUGCAGCAAGUUUGGAUCAAUGAUCCUGCAGACAGAAGGGCUGAUGAGCUCUGCCAAAACCCUCCACAGCCUGUCAGAUGAAGAACUCCUAAACUUUGCUACUGAAAACAGACUUCAUGGUCUUCCUCACAUGCAUCACACUGCUGCGCACUUCAACUCACUGAAGGUUAAUGAGUCCCUCUCCCAGCUCUAUGUGUACACUCAGUCCUUUAAGAUGCAUGUUGACUGGCUGAAAACAGCAAAAGACAGCUUCAGUGCGCCCUCCCAGUCUGCUGAGGACGCCAGCACUCAGCUCCUGCACCUGUCCAACCACCUCAAGACAUCUCUUCACCAGAUGAGUGAAGAGGUUCCUCAGUCACCGUCUCUCUCCCUCCCUGUCGCCUCCUCGGCCUUCGAUGUGCUCCGGUUCUCCGUUGAGAUCUCUGAGCGGUUAAAAGUCUUCUGUGCCUGGUCCAAAAGAGUGUUAAGACAUAUCCAAAAAUUAUCCCACUGUCCCAAACAUUAAGAGGCUGCAGGAGCAGAGAAGCAACUGUUAACAUCUUCCUACAAAACCACUGUUUACUCAUGUCACCUUUACUCACUCAAGAAUUUUAGCCUUUGUAGCAGUGCGGCUUUAGGGACGGCAAUGACAGUUGUUUCGGUUUGUUUGUCCACCAGUCCAGACUGAAUUAUUUCUAACAAAUCGGUGGAUUGCCAUGAAAUUUUUGUGUUAUUAUUAUUAUUGUGCUAACAGUACAUGAGUUUUAACUUGUCUGUUAUAUUUCUAAUGUCUUGUGAAUGUAGGUAGGUGUGAAUGUGAGUGUGAAUGGUUGUUUGUCUACGUAUGUUGGCGUACAGGGUGAACCCUGCCUCUCACCCAAUGUCAGCUGGGAUAGGCUCCAGCCCCCCGCGACCCUGAACAGAUAAGCAGUGGAGAUAACGGAUGGAUGGAUGGAUGGAUAGAUAGCAUUGUAGUGCGAACAGUACAUGAGUUUUCAGUUAUCCAUCAUAUUUCUUUGUCUUGUGAAAUAGCAGAUAUUUAAGGUCCCCAGAUGAUGAACCGUUCGGCCUCCACCUGAGGUCAGCAUGUGGUUUUGUGUGAAAUAUCUCAACAACUGAAGGGUGGAUUGCCAUGAAAUUUGGUACAGAUAUUAAUGCCCCUCUUGGGAUGAAUUGGAAUCACUUUGAGGAUCCUUUGACCACUGCUUUAGUGCCACCAUCAGGUCAAAUUUUAGUUGGUACAGUACUUGCAAAGCUAAUGACAAUUCCCAGCAGCCUCACCCUUGUUUUGUGCUGCUUAGAAAAUGUUAGCAUGCUAAUAUGCUAAACCAUGAUGGUGAACAUAGUAACCACCUACUUAGCAUCACCACAUUAGCAUUGUCAUUGUGAGCAUGUUAGAUAAAGUCUCUCAGAGACUUUCAGUCUUGUUUACACAUGGUGAUGUAGCAGGUUCAGUGUUAAAUAAGAUUCAUUUCAGUAGUUAUAAUGGCAGAGUUGGAGUUUUAAUGCAAUAAUAGCGAGAUGUUGAGUUGUUGGUACGUUAUAUGGGCGCUCCAGUGCUCUGUUUACACAAGUUUUCAACUCAUUUCAACAUUUAUUCAGCAGGAAAACAGAAUGUAAGUUUAUUGCAUCUUUGUAAGAAAGUGUAUGUUACACAUUUUACAUGUAGCCUUUUAAAAUGUGUGGUACUAAUGCACUGAGCUGAUGUACUGUGCUCACUGUCAGCUGUUACGUUUACACCCUUUAAGACUGUUUACACUCACAGUGCCUGCUAAAUGUUGUGGAACAAUUAAUAUUUUUCUACUGUUGUUUUGUUUUUAUGCUUUUUUUUUGUUGUUGUUUGUUUUUUUUUGUUGUUGUUGUUUUUUUUUUUUUACCUAUUUAGGAUGCUAUUUAUGAGCUUUUUAUAGUAUGUAUGAGACUGUUUUUAGUGUGAGAUGCAGGCAUCUCAUUUUUUCUAUUAUGUAAUAUUUAAUAAUAAUAAUAAUAUUAAUAAUAAUAAUGUAUUGUCAUUCUGUAUUGACUUUUAUGGUACUAUUUAUACAUUUUG